AUGGCUGCAGCUACAGUGAAACAAAAUAUUCAUGUGAAUGCCGAGGACCAGAAACUGAUCAAUCGGUUCGCGAGACUUCAUCAAAGAUCGCUAGAUGUUAAGGAGAGGCUUCAAGAAAUGAAUAAGGAUCUUCAAAAUUUGAAUGACGCCGCUGAUGAAAUACUGCUUUUGGAUGAUGCAGAUACCCAAUCGAUACCGUACAAGAUUGGAUCAGUGUUUGUGCAUAUGGAUCAAGAAAGAUUAAACGAGAAGUUGGAGAAUGUGAAAGGAGAAUUGGGAAAUCAAGUGGCUGAUCUCGCACAAAAGCAUAAAAAAAUUUGCGAUGAAAUGGAUUCUUUGAAAUCGAUACUUUAUGGGAAAUUUGGCGAAAGUAUCAACUUGGAGACUGAUGCGGAUAGUCAAUAG